GGGGAGGCCAGGACACAGGAAGGCACCGCAGGACUCUGCGAGGUGUCCGCGGCCUUGCUGCGGCGAACUGGGUGGGAGCUUUGGGGCGGCGGAGUCGCCGGAGGGUGAUGGAGCCUGGUUAGGGCAAGACGGCGAGGACUCCUUUGCUCACCCUCCAGUGCCCUUGCCAGGCCUCCUGGGCCGGGAGACAGCACCUACCUAACCAGACUGUACCUGCUGUCGCCUCGGCUUCUUUCCCACCUCCGCCGGUGCACACCUUCCUUCGCUCCCUGCGCUACCGCCGCCCCGCAUUUCCCCUUUACCUUCUUUGAGCAAAGGCUUGUUCUCGCGUCUGGCGCUUUCUAACUGCAGUCGCUUCUGCCUCGCAUGCUUGUGCUCUGCUCUUCGUAUAGCUGUCCCCGCCUCAGCUGUCAGUUCGUAGGGCACCUAUUGAGAGGCUAUUUGUGAGUACCUCUGCUGUGUUGGCAUCUCUCUCACCCUAGCAUAUUCAGUAAAUACUUAGGGGACUGGCAUUUUCUAGGCGUUGGAGGAUAUAGCAAGCCUGGUUUAAUCAGGGAAAUCCCCCAAAACACCAAAAAUUAAACAAGUGUAGCGUGUCAGGUGGAGUAAAGAAAAGGUCAGAGAGAUAUUUUGUAUAAUAGUAUCAGGAAAGGUCUCUUAUUGAUGUGACAAAUGAGCAGAAACCUGAAGACAGGAAGUGAGCAUCUUGUGGAAUUCUCUGGGCAGAUGAUGUUCCAAUUAGAGAGAACGUUGAGUGCAAAGGCUCGAAAGUGGGAGUAUAUUUGACCAUGUUCUGGGACGGUGUGGCUGGAUCAGAGUGUGCCAGAUAUAGUUGAGGGAGGGGAGUUGGGCAGAGAGGGCAGGACUUCAUAGGUAAGGAAUUGGCUUUCACACGCAGGUGGAGUGCAUAGCCAUCCUAGAGCUCAGGCAGAAGGUUGAUGUGAUUUACCUUUAAAGGGUCACUCUAGUUGUCUUGUUGAGAACAGCCUGGGGAAGAUAGUGGUGGAGGGCAAGGAUGGAAGCGGUGAGGCCAGCAGUAGUCCAAAAGAGGGUGAUGCUAGCUUGGGCCAAGGGAAUAGCAGUGCAGAUGAUGGAAAGUGGCCUGCCAUAUUUCAUUUGCCCUCCUCUGCUGCACUUGCUACUGACUUGUGUGAUUGCCUUUGUAUGUGCUUUGUGAGGAGGGACUGUGAGUGCCAGGCAAGGUGAAGAGGAGGAGGCCAGGCCCCUUCCUGAGGGCACCCAGGGCUUUGCAGUUGAUGCUCUGGGUUUUUUGUGUUUGUUUGUCUGGGUCUCACUGUGUUGCCCAGGCUAGUCUCAAACUCCUGGCCUCAAGCAGUCCUCCGGCCUCCCAAGUAGCUGGGAUUACAGACAGGAGCCACUGCCCCCAGCCUAGUUGGUGCUCUGUUAAGUGUUUAUGGGACAAUUUGAUUCUGUGGAAGGGUCCCAAGUCAGAUCUGGCAAACUCUGCAGAGUGGGGGGAAAAUUGGGCCCCAAAGAGGCCUUGCUACAUCCUCAGGUCCAAAUUGCAAAACAGAAGUGCAAAUACAUAAGAGAUUCAGUCCCCAGACUCAUCGUUCCGCAGCACAGGCGAAGUCUGCCACUGAGAGCAUUCCAACAGCAGGAACAAGCCCCACCUCCACGCUGCAGAAGAGAUUUUUGGAUUAGUCUAAGGGGCUAAGGAACUCCUGGUUUGUUUUCCUUAACCAAAACUGCCAAGAAAGGCUUGGAACUGAAACAGAACCUCAUAGAAGAGCUUCGGAAAUGUGUGGACACCUACAAGUACCUUUUCAUCUUCUCUGUGGCCAACAUGAGGAACAGCAAGCUGAAGGACAUCCGGAAUGCCUGGAAGCACAGCCGGAUGUUCUUUGGCAAAAACAAGGUGAUGAUGGUGGCCUUGGGUCGGAGCCCAUCUGACGAGUACAAAGACAACCUGCACCAGGUCAGCAAGAAGUUGAGGGGUGAAGUUGGUCUCCUUUUCACCAACCGCUCAAAGGAGGAAGUGAAUGAGUGGUUCACGAAAUACACAGAAAUGGACUUCGCCCGAGCUGGUAACAAAGCCACUUUCACCGUGAGCCUGGAUCCGGGGCCCCUGGAGCAGUUCCCCCACUCCAUGGAGCCGCAGCUGAGGCAGCUGGGCCUGCCCACGACCCUCCGGAGAGGUGUGGUUACCCUGCUGUCCGACUACGAGGUGUGCAAAGAGGGCGACGUGCUCACCCCAGAGCAGGCCCGUGUCCUGAAGCUUUUUGGGUAUGAGAUGGCUGAAUUCAAGGUGACCAUCAAAUACAUGUGGGACGCACAGUCGGGGAGGUUUCAGCCGCUAGGAGAUGACUUGCCAGAGAGCGCAUCCGAGUCUGCAGAAGAGUCAGAGUCAGAGGACGACAGUGACUGAGGGGAUCCCAGGGCUGAGGGCCUCCCCACACCGCGGUGCGGGUUGCUGGACCAGGCAGGACUGCCGCCGCCCCUCCGCGGGGAGAGCUCUUUGUUUG